AUGGACGGCGAUGAGCCUACACAAGCGACCCAAAAUGUCCUCGAUCCGCGACGCAUAGGGAAGCAGAACUCUGGCUUCUCCGACGAAGACGUUUCUGACAUCAUUUGCGUCCUGUACCCGCACUCCGAGUCGGCACGAGAAGAAGUCCAGAGACUAGCUAAAGAAGACUCUCCGUAUAUUAUUGGCAAGAACGAGGCGGAUGAUGUCGAGCCAGACUAUGAAUUGGAGGAUCAUGCGAGCCGGUUCGAGUCGCAUCCUGUCAGCCACGGGAACUACGCCAUCAUCUUGAGGCUUUCGUCUCCCGUCAAGAGCCCCUCUUCUGGAUUCGCUUUUGGCAGAAACAGUGCUAGGUGUGAUAUUGUUUUUGUCAACGAUCCCUUGCGCCGGAUUAGCAAUGUCCAUUUCCGCAUCUAUGUCAACGAGUAUGGAAGUGUCAUGAUUGAGGACCAAUCAACCAACGGCACUUUUGUCGAUAGACAACUCCUUACGCGUCACCCCAAGGACAAGUCGGCACCGGCAAACAAGUGGGUGCUGGGUUCUGGGAAUCUCAUCCGAAUUGUGUUGCAUAGCGAGACUCUGGAUUUGACUUUCCGUGUCAGGAUACCUCGUCGUGAUGACGAUUAUGACCGUGCAUACCUCAACAAGGUCAAUGAGUAUUUUAUCCACCAUGGCUUGCACCCGGCGAGCGGCGAAAUACCGGGUAUCAAUUCUAAUACCAAGACCAACCCUGGGCCCGUUGACCUCUUCAAAGCGCCUGGAGGGCCGCAGGCAAACAGGGUAGCAUUCGAGGCGAGUCCAUCUCCUCGCCUGUCUCCUAAGCGAAAGGACUCUCAUGGUGUAAUACGCAAUGAGUGGAAGGGCUCUGGGAAAUACAACCGCAUAGGCAUGAUUGGCAAGGGAGCUUUUGCAGUGGUGUAUAAGGUGACAUCAAAAUAUGACGGACUGCCCUAUGCCGCAAAGGAGCUUGAGAAGCGACGAUUUAUCAAAAAUGGUGUCCUUGAUCAAAAAGUUGAGAAUGAGAUGAAGAUUAUGCAGCGCGUGAAUCAUCCCAAUAUUGUGCGUUAUAUUGAGAAUUUUGAUUGGGAGGAUCGCUUAUUGAUUAUUAUCAUGGAGUACAUCCCUCACGGUGAUCUGGGCAAGACUAUUUCCGACUUGGGCGCAUUUACUGUGGAAACGACACAAACCAUGUCAAAGCAAUUGCUCAGUGCCUUGGGCUAUUUACACGCCAAUAAUAUUACCCAUCGGGAUGUUAAGCCAGACAAUAUUCUCAUCCAAUCCAUGGAUCCCCUGGUGGUUAAGCUCACCGACUUUGGAUUAUCUAAAAUGGUUGAUACGGCAGAAACAUUCUUACGCACGUUUUGCGGAACUCUCCUGUAUUGUGCACCCGAAGUGUACACAGAGUAUGCCGAGUAUGAUGACAAUGGAGUCCGAAGCCGAGGCAAGAAGAUGCGCCGUGUGCCUGGACAGAGAUAUAACCAUGCGGUGGACAUCUGGUCUCUUGGAGGUGUGCUGUUUUACUCACUGACCGGCGCACCACCUUACCCCGUCAAAUCUGGCAUCAGCUACUCAGAAUUACUGCACAAGAUUAUGACAACGAAUUUGGACACCUUGCCCCUCCAAAGAUUUGCCGUAUCUGGGGCCGGCAUUGACUUCAUUCAGCGAAUGCUUCAGAGGCGGCCCGAGAAUCGCUCAACUAUAAUCGAGCUUGAAAGCCAUCCCUGGCUUUGUGGCUUCGGCGCCACUGUACAGGCUUCCCAGUCUUAUGAUGAGAUCACGGAUGAUGAAGAGUAUCCGUCACAACUCGAACAACUAGUUGCGUAUGAUAAUGACAGAGUGAGCGACUCAAUGAGCGAUAUUUCAGACAAGGAAAACGGUUACAUGGAUCAUGGUGCACAACCACGCUUGUUCGGGGAGGUUGGUGUUUCUGCCAUAGGCUCCUCUGGUGUUAUUCCUGAAGAUUAUCUUCAUCUGCCCGACCAGAACAGCAUGGGUGCCACAGACAUUCUGGACUCUCACGAGGACGAAGCCUACGAUUCAGGGGACUCGGACACAAUCAAGGCAAAGACUCGGCGUGCGUAUCAACACAACACCACGUCGAUAUACCCAAACCAGUCCGCAGACCAGCUCCAAAGUCUGGUAGAAAACGUAGCUUCACAGAGUCUUGGAGGCAAUGCUUCAGUCAUUCAAGAACCGGGUGCGUCGCAACGGCUGUCCUUUUCCGUGGACCCCAAUUCGAGUAAGAGAAAGCCACCAUCGUCCGGUACAAGCGAGGAAUAUGACGAGAACACACCUCCCGGGAAGCCUAUCAUAAAGAGAUUGAAAUCGGAGGGAAGCCCUGAGGAUCCAUCCCCCGAAACGCUAGAGGAAUAUAGACUUUUGGCCCGAAUGCCGCAAGUAACAAGACUUAAUUCUGGCAGGCAAAUCGACUACCCUGUUAGUAAGAUGGUGUGGUGGCAGCAAGACAGGAGGACUUGGCAUUUGCGAUAUCCCGAAAUGACACAGCGCCAACAUGAUGCUUUCAGACAAGCGGCAAAGGAAGGGGGCGAGGAGUUUGGCCCUGGCAAGACGCCCCUCUGGGAUCUGGCAAUGAAAUACUUUGCUCCCGAGCCUAGACCAGAGGGCAGAAACGGCCAAUCUGCAAUAUCUCUACCCGUCGGACUAAGGCGAGAAGAUAGUAGGAUGGUUGACGAUACGGUGGAAUUCCCGCCAACAGCGGCGCCAAUCGAGUCGUCCUCAAUACCCGAUACCUGCCCUCCCGAUACGAAAAUCGUUGUGCCAGUUCAAGAGAGCCUAUUAACGAACAGAGCGCUUGCAUUAGUGGACACUGAUGCCUCUUCUUGUGUCCAAGGAAUCACAUUCCCAAUCACCGACUCAUUAGUGUCGUUUGGCAGAGGUCCAGAUAACACGGAGAGCUUCAAGGAAAAGCAGGAACCCCGAGUGCCAAAGUACGCCUUCAAAAUCAUGCUGUGGAAAGAUGGUUUCGAUCCGUCAAGGCAUUCUACAGCAGGAGAUCAGCCAUGGUGCAAGGAAGCGUCGCAAGAAGAUGCCCAAUAUCACUUUUGGAUAUCUACAAAGGCCACUCUGGGCCUCAAGAUCAAUGGGUACAACUUGGCAUCAUCAGACCCCAAGAACCCGAGUGGUCCGUCUCAAUACUGGGCCAAGAUUUACAACGGCGACUCUCUCAUGAUUUGGGGCGGGCAGGAUCCUAGGAACCAAACCAGACUUACAUUCAGAUGUUUCUGGGGAGGAUCCUCGACUGCACGCCCCGUAGAGAGACAACAGCUGGAGCUGGCCAGUCCCCAAGUCGCCGCGAAGCUAGACGCUGUGUGUCAGCGAACCGAGAAGCGAGUUCGGGACGCUACAGAACGAAAGCGCAAGUCUGAUGAGGCCAGUGCGGAUAUUGCGGAACGAUCGCGGCAAGUAGAUCGCGAGCGAGAACGCAGCCGUUUGUUUGAACAGCAGCGACUGGAGGCCGUUGAAUUUUGGGCCGCGAGACCAGCUCUUUCAAGGAAGAGUUCUCCUGCUAGUACCUCAACGAGGAUCUACUAG